GGAGGAGGAGGAGGAGAGGGAAGCAGUAGUCGGAGCCCGGGCGGGCAGGAGGGGUUGGUAAUCACUUUGUUUUCCCCAGCGGCUGCGAUGUGCAUAGGCAAUGAAUGACUCCGUUGCUGCUGCUGCUGCUGCUGCUGCUGCUGCACGUGCCUAUCUAACCCAGCCCGGGCAGCGUCCCCAAAUCCAGCCGCCCCCAAAGGCUGCAGUCGCUGUUGCCUCCGCCGCCCGAGCUCAGCCGCUCAGCCGUCAAUGUCCAUAGGGGUUUGCCGCCGCCGCUUCUGUUUAGAGGGGCUGAAGGGAAGAGGAGGGCAGGCGGGCAGCCCGCGCCGUUUGUGCUGCUCUUUCCCAGGAAGAGGAAGAGCAGGAUGCUGUGCAAAGCGCUGCUUUGAACGAUGGAGGGAGUUCUGUACAAGUGGACCAACUAUAUCACAGGUUGGCAGCCUCGCUGGUUUGUUUUAGAUAACGGGAUAUUGUCUUACUAUGACUCACAGGAUGAUGUUUGCAAAGGCAGCAAAGGAAGUAUAAAGAUGGCAGUGUGUGAAAUCAAAGUUCAUCCAUCCGAUAGCACAAGAAUGGAGUUAAUAAUCCCAGGAGAACAGCAUUUCUACAUGAAAGCUGUUAAUGCAGCCGAACGACAGAGGUGGCUCGUAGCAUUGGGGAGUUCAAAAGCUUGCCUGACGGACACCAAAACAAAGAAAGAAAAAGAAAUUACCGAAACCAAUGAAUCUCUGAAAACCAAAAUGUCUGAGCUUCGUCUUUACUGUGACCUCCUAAUGCAGCAGGUCCAUACAAUACAAGAAUAUGUCCACCAUGAUGAGAAUCGCUCAUCGCCCACCACCGAGAAUAUGAAUGAAGCUUCUUCUUUGCUCAGUGCUACCUGUGACACGUUUAUCACGACACUUGAAGAAUGUGUGAAAAUAGCUAACGCCAAGUUUAAGCCAGAGAUGUUUCAAUUGCCUCAUCCUGAUCCCUUAGUUUCUCCUGUGUCACCUUCACCUGUACAAAUGAUGAAACGUUCUAUUAGCCACCCAGGUACUUGUAAUUCUGAGAGGAGCAGCCAUUCUAUAAAAGAACCGUAUUCGUCUUCCUACCGAUUAUCACAGAGAUGGAGAAGAACAGUCUUGGAGACAGAACCUCCUCUAGAUCUUUCCCUCGAAGAUACAGACAGGCCAGCAUUCUGUUCCAGAGGUACUGUCAACGGAGAUUUCGCAUCUUCGACUAUUCCUGAAGCGACUCUAUCAGUGUCUAACAAACAAUCAGAACUUGAAGAGACUCUUCCACCUUCUUCCUGAAUAAAUAGAGGCAUCAACUUCUCUGAGCAACGCUAUGCAAAAGCUGCUGUAAUUCUACUAUUGUUGUAGGAGAGUAAUUAGUUCCCUGUGUGAAGGAUUUCUCUGCACUUUAUAGAAUAAUGUAAAAACUAACUUUGAAGCGUAUUUUAUCUUUAUAUAGUUUAUUUGCAAGAGUAUUUUCCUAAAAAGAAAACAACAACUUCAGAUUGUGCAUUUUUAACAGAUAGGUAUGUACCUUUGUAAAUGUAGCUCUUCUUUUUACGAAGUGUGACAGUCAAGCAACUUAGUUUGGACAUUCUAAACCUUGACAAAAAAGGUUUCAAAUUUGGGGUAGGGAAAACACGUGCCAUAGACCUUGACUGCUCACUGGAUCACAAUGCAGGUACAAUAUCCCUUUGGGGACAGUUCACCUCCUGUUAAAGUCAGUGGAAAUGCAACCAUUGGCUGGGUUGGUGGGCACUUUUCAUUUCAGUGGACGUUUUUCUUGCAUUUAGACUGAGGCAGUAUUCCUAAAAUAGAGGUUUUUGGUGUUUAGCAUUUCCCUCUUUUUAAAAAGCAGUGGUUUACAAAAGGGCAUAAUCUAAGGAGUUUUAGGUAUACCUUGAGUCCCUUUGAAAUUGGUGUAACUUGAGUCCAUGCUAAGGGCACAUUCUACCCAAAAUUAGGCACUUUCAAGUCCCAUUGGCUUUAAUGAGGGAGAUGUAAAAACAGCGAAGUCAGUGAGAUUUGAGAGUGUUUAGUUUUAGCUAGGUGUUGCCCGGAAGGCUUAAAUUCUGGUGUGUGUGUGUGUGUAUGUUUUAAUGGGACUUUGAACACCUGCAUUUUUUGGGGAUUGUACCCAAAAUCUAGCCAAUCAAUAAUAAUUGAUAGAUGUGCAGUAUUUUUCUAAACAUGCAUAUGAAUUAUCUGAUUAUGAGGCAAGAUACAAAACAUGGGGUAAAGGUAUUUUAACAUUUUUAAUGUAUUUAUUCUUUUUUUUGCGCCACAAAAUGCCUACUUGUCAUUGUGGGGUGGGGGGGAGGAGAAGAGGUGUGAAGGUGUGCUUAAUUCUUGUCGGGGUCACUAAAUGCAUUGUAGCACUGUUUUUUAAGAUCAUUGGGUGUAAUCCAACCAAAGUUUAGCAUUUAUAAGUCUAAUUGAUUUGACUGGAGGAAUAAAAAGCACGUGCUUAACUUUUGCCUGUUUGAAGAAAUGGGACUAAAAGAUGCUUUGACCUUGGCUGGAUUGUACUCAUGCUUUUCACUUAAAAGCAAACUGUCCUUGAUGUGUCUUUUUACCAAAGUGUUAUUUUAGCGCUGGUUUCUAAAAUAUGCUCUUGAGCUGCCGUUGUAAUGUAUUCAUAUUUGCAGCUGUACAUUUAUUUAUGACAUAUUUAUACCAAAGGGGGAGGUGGCUUUUAUCAUUGUGAGUCCUAUAAACUUCAAAAUAGCAUCUGUGUUCAGCGAUUUUCUCCUCUGAAUUAACUCCAGUGUCAAAUAUGAACUUGCCUCUAAUAGAACUGAGAAUUGAGCUCUAACUAGCGAAUGAACCAUAUAGCUUAGCAACUGCUUGGUGUACAUUAUGGGCCCAGUUCAUCAGAAAUCUCUCUUGCACAGGCUCUGUUACUUUUUUUUUGCAAGAGCAAAGACGAAAUAUGCAGCUUAUAUUUCAGCAAGGUUUGCACAGAUGUUUCUGAAGGAUUGUGCCCUACGUUCUUAGUGUUUUGAAAUGUAAUUUUGUUUGUUUGUUUUUGUAUUCACUUUGGGAUAAACUUGGUAAAUAACGUCUUGGCCAUGGAGCACUUUUUAAAAAAAACAAAAAAAAACACUGGGUUUUGUUUUUUUUGGAAGUUACAUAAGUGUUCAAUAAAUACAGUUUUUACACACAA